AUGGCCAACGAAGCAUUUACUGUCGCACGGGACAAGUUACCCGGACCCAGAGACAGCACGAUUCUCAUUACUGGAGGUGCCUCAGGAAUUGGUCUCCAAACAGCAAUUCUGCUGCAUAACCUCGGCAACAAUGUUGUGAUUGUCGACAGAGCACAACCUCAUGCUUCAGCACCGGCAUCGUUGAUAUCUUCAUCACGAUUUUUAUACCAACAGGCCGAUAUCACGCAAUGGAAAUCCCAAAGAAGUGCAUUUGAAGCCGCAGUCAAGAAGUUCGGGGCUAUUGACGGGGUUUUUGUAAAUGCUGGAAUUGCCGAGUACAAAGACCAGUUUUUCAAGGAUGAGUUGGACGCGGACGGCCUGCUCAAGGAGCCCGACAAGAGGGUGUACGAUAUAGAUAUGAACGCAGCAAACGACACUGCGAGGCUGGCGAUCUAUUACCUUCGCAAUAAGAAGUCGGGCAAAAAGCCAGGCGGGAGUAUUGUUAUGACUGCGAGUUUGGCCGGAUAUCUCGCUAGUGCUGGAGCACCACAAUACAGCGCAGCAAAACAUGGUAUCGUAGGCCUGAUGCGAGCGCUCAAGAAUGACACCGCCAAGCUCGACAUUGCGGUUUCGGUUGUCGCUCCUGGGAUUACCUUGACGGAUAUCAUAUCUGGCCGUAAUGAAGGAGAGUCGUUGAAGGACUGGGCUGUCAGAAUGAGAGGGCAAGGUGUUCCGAUUAAUGACCCUGCGGAGAUCGCGGAUGCAGUGGUUUAUCUUAUGAGUGAAGGCAUCAAAGCCAAUGGAAAGGGACUACUCAUCCAAGCGGGUCGUGUCGCAGACCUCGAAUUGGGUAUUGCUAAGACGAGGAAGCUUUGGAUGGGCGAUGAGAUGUUGAGAUUGUUCCGGGGAGGUAGGGAUGCCCCUUUAUUCCCAAACAAACUGUAA